AUCUAUCCCCCCAUUCCUCCUGUCCUCCCUGAAGCCUUUAAUCCAUCACAUCCGCCAACGAGUCUAAGUGCCGGUUCAAUAUCUCGUCAUCGAACACAACCCCUUUGGAUUGUGACCCUUGCUCCCAAAUCCCUUUGGAUACCUUUGAUAAUGGACAUGCACAUGGAUCUGAAAGUAGGCCUUGGAGAAGAGUUUUCCUUCGAAGGCCACGCGUUAUCCUGCGCUUCGUCAAGCGGCAGCUUCUCUUCAGCAUCGACUUCCGGUUCUAUGCCAGAGCCCUUCACACCGACAUCUGGUAGAUCGACUCCUGGGCUACGUUCUAUCUCGAUGGAGCACGAACACGUCGCCUAUCCCGCUCCGGGAGGGUUUGAGUUGACACCUCCGUCAUCAGCAUUCGGAGGCUAUUUCCCUCCAGACGCCAAAGCGGAUAUCCACCGAUACAUGAACUGUCACAGUGCUUCACCAAGUCCGAGUCGAAAGUCUAGCAUGCAGACACAGGUCAUGGAAUUCGAUUAUCCACCAGUCCUACCUAACGCAUUCAACUCCAUGCAGGCCCAAGAUCACUCUCUCGAUCACGCCAACCAUCAGUCUUUAGGAGCUUAUGCCUUCACGGACUACAUCCCCUCACCGCAAUAUCCAGUAUCUACGCCAGGUUACCACCACCUCAGCAACGCUACCUGCGACACAUCGGCAAUGUGGGAGUGGGGAGACAAUAGUCCCGUAUCGUUUUUUGGAAGAGGGAAUCCUUCCGCAUCACCUUCGCCCUCCCAGCCUUUAUCUCGGGAUCGACAUGGCUUGACACCUCCAUACCUCUCGAGCCACGGGAAAAGACGACUCAACGUGGAUAAGGUACAGCAAAAGACUUCGGCCCUCCAGAGAGCGCAACAGCACCGACACGGAAUCCGGAUAGAAAGGAUAGCCGCCGCCACUUUUAAAUGUAACUACCCAAACUGCCAGCGGGGUCCGUUUAAGAGGCAAGAACAUCUAAAGAGGCAUAAGAACAUUAAACAUGCUGAGAAUCCAGUGGCUAUUAUAACAUCAUGUCCAUUCUGUGACAAGCCUUUCAACCGUAAGGACAACUACCGGCAACAUCUCAAGCUCCACACUCUCAAACACCGCCCAACUCGUCGUACGGAUUACUACCCUGAGGCUCAAGCACUACUGGACGAAGAAAUCAACAAAACCAAGCAGAGGAGUCAGCUUAAGAAGAAGAGCGGAGGAUUCAAAGACGAAGACUAACUAUGAGAAUUCGAUACCCGCGACUACGCAUUCAACUACUAUAUACGAAAACACUAGAAUUCAUACCAACCUAGUAACAAUUUUUGGGGUGGGCUCUUGGGCCGGCUGGAGGACUUAUUGAAAGGACAGGAAAAGGAGUACGGCGUCAAUAUACGGAGUCUGGGGCCGGAUGUGCCCUUCCUUAUUUUAUUCCAUUUUGUCGUUUUGUUUACUUUCGCAUUAUAGGCGUUAUCGUGGGAAACCGGUUUUGGGAAUCAAUAUCAAUAUCCUCAUUUUGUGAGCGUAUUCGCAAGAAUACGACGCCACUGACACAGGUGGUUUUUGAUUUUUAUGGGCUGACUGGUCUAUGGGGUAUAACUCUGUACAGUAUUAGUUAUUAGCAUUUUGGAUAGGAAGUCGAAAAGUAGGAUCGGUUAUCGAAUUUUGGUUCCUUGGACUGUACAAUCUCUUUCUCAUCAUCACAUCCUUGUCUACCUAGGUACCUACAUAUCCAUAGUGGUGUUCGUGAUUUCAAUGAAACGAACUAAUAUAGAAUCGAC